AUGGCGCUUUUCCGACACAUCAAGCUGCUGCUGACGUUCGGCUCGCUGGCCCUGGCGGCUGCGACGAAUGCCAAGACGGCGAACUACGACGAAGACGACGACACGCCGCUGCCGUUGAUUAUCUGGCAUGGCCUCGGCGACAACUUUGCGGCCGAGGGGCUGCGCGAGGUCGGUGCGCUCGCCGAAGAGGUCAACCCGGGCACGCUCGUCUACUUUGCGCAUCUGGGCGACAGCGCCGGCAGCGACCGGUCGGCGACGUUCAUGGGCAACGUGACGGAGCAGGUGGCGCAGGUGUGCGCGGACAUUGCGGCGGACCCGAUCCUGUCGACGGCGCCGGCGCUGGACGCGCUGGGCUUCAGCCAGGGCGGGCAGUUUCUGCGGGCGUACGUGGAGCGCUGCAACCGGCCGCCGGUGCGGUCGCUCGUGACGUUUGGCGCGCAGCACAACGGCAUCUCCGAGUUUGUCGAGUGCGCCAGCACGGACGUUGUGUGCCGCGCGGCCAUGGCCCUGCUGCACGGCAACACGUGGUCGGGCUUUGUGCAGGGCCGCGUGGUGCCGGCGCAGUACUACCGCGACCCGUCGACGGCGGCGGCGUACGCCCAGUACCUCGACAAGUCCAACUUCCUGGCCGACAUCAACAACGAGCGCCCCGGCGCGCGCAACCCCCAGUACCGCGACAACCUGGCCCAGCUCGCCAACUUUGCCAUGUACCUGUUUGAAAACGACACCACCGCCAUUCCCAAGGAGUCGGCCUGGUUCGCCGAGGUCAACGGCACCGAGGUCACCCCGCUGCGCGCGCGCGCGCUCUACAAGGAGGACUGGCUGGGUCUCAAGGCCAUCGACGACAGGGGCGGCCUGCACUUCCGCACCGUCCCGGGCGAGCACAUGCGGCUGCGCGCCGAGGACCUGCAGGCUGCGUUUUCCGAAUUCUACGGGCCCUACAACAAGAAGUUCCCCGGCGCGCGCCGCCCUCCGAAGACGACGUCAAAGUCGGCGUCGACGCUGCCGGUCCCGCCGCUCCCCAUCCCCGCCCUCGCCGAGGAGGCGCUGCUCGAGGCCUUGGUCGAGCUCUAG